AAUCGUUCACUUCUGUUCGACUAUUGAGUACGUUUGAUCGCAAACAAUCAGGAACAUAUCCUACUGUGUAAACGUGUAAUAAUAGUUAAAUUCUCGAAAUAGUAAUACACGAAAACAUGUAUAUGUAAUACGAUAAGGGCCGUAUGCAAUGGCCGUUGAAGUUCAUCGCAGACCAGCCAUUUGUAGGUAAUUUGUCAAAUGAAGUCUGCUGUCACAUUUUGGGACACACAUCUUAUCAAAUUUCCAUCACAAUAUGUCGAGGAUAAGGACGCUCCUUGUCGUGAUUGCGCUGUGGUCGGCUACAGAAGCAGAUUCGACAUAUUACCAUGGUCGCAAAUUCGUGUUUGGAAUACCAGAAAAUAGCAGCCCUGAUGGUACAGACGUAAAGCUGCACAUUUCAAGCAUGUUCGAUGCCCAUGUCUCCGUCUCUGUGUCUGGUAUCGGGUUCCUUUCAAAUCUAACAACAGGUGCACAAUCUUCACGCGUUGUAACUUUACCUUACAGCUGCAUAGCAGUUGGAAACGGGGUAUCAAAAAAAGCCAUUCACAUUGAAAGUGAUCGGUCUAUAUCUGUGUAUGCAAUGAUUCGCGAGAAGUUUUCUUCCGACGGGUUUCAUGCCUUACCUGUUACCUCAUCGUCCACCGAUUUUUUUGUAAUGUCUUACCUGCCCACAAUGGGCGGAAGUGAAUUUGUAAUAGCUGCAUCAGAAGAUGAUACCCAGGUCGAUAUCCAUCUGAACUUUUCCGGUGCCGCUUUAACUUUCAAUGGCAGAAGUUAUUCAAGCAGAGACAAGAUUCGUGCAACACUGCAAUCCAUGGACGCAUUACAACUACAACACUCUUCGGACUUGUCCGGUACAAGAAUCUCCAGUGAUAAGCCUGUUUCAGUCACUUCUGGAAACAUAUGUGCGGACAUUCCUCAUGGUGUAUCGUCAUGCGAUUACAUUGUGGAACAAAUGCUUCAAGUAAAGGAUUGGCAACAUGAGUACUUCACAGCUAAACUUAAAAGCAGGGGGCAUAACCGAUUACGGGUACUAUCUGGAACAAAUAAUAAUCACGUGAAUAUAGGUGGCAAUCAAGUAACCUUAAAUCAAGGUGAAACCAUUGAGCACGUACGUUCAGAAGAUUCAGCUACACGAAUUACAGCAACAUAUCCGGUAAUGGUUAUGCAGUAUUGUGAGGGAACUGAGGCGGAUUCUGCUACUGGAGAUCCUUGUAUGAUAUGCAUCCCUGGCGUCAAUGGCCAAAGUAGUGAUUAUGUAUACGAAACCUCUUCUCCCUUCGCCGCACAUUACGUCACAAUUACCAUAGGUACAGACGAUGCAAGUGGACUUUUAAUAGACGGAACUGUUGUUCUUCGAUCGGAUGAACUACGGAUUAUGGAUUCAAACAAUACAAAAUCGUACAGCGUCAUCCGAAUAUCCGUUUCGCAGGGUCAACACAAUAUCAAGCACAUUGGUCACGCGGGGUUUGCCGCAAUUGUUUACGGGUUCGGUCCGUAUGAAUCGUACGGAUACCCAUUGGGACUUGGAACACAUGGUCCUGAAGCGAUCCGUUUGACAAAUGGGACGAGUUCAAAGUCAGGUGUUUUAGAAGUCAAUGUUGAUGGUCACUGGUUUGGCAUCUGUGCGGGCGGGAUCUCGACCACGGAAGUGCAUGCUUUGUGCGGAAGACUUGGUUAUGACAAGUAUGGCCUUCCGUCCCAGUCGAUAUCCGCCGUAAGUACUCCGACACCAAUGAGCACAUUGCAUGCAAUUCGUUGUGAUGUCUCUCCGCAGUCUAUAGAUACAUGUACAUUCACCAAAAACACGGGCACAUGCACCAACGCCGUCCAUGUUGACUGUACCCCAACGUUGAACGAGCUUGUCACUGUCUCGUGUACGUCCACUAAUUGGCACGUGGAUGUCGACAUGGACAAACUGAACUACAGAUAUCCCGGUUCAUUAUCCACCGACAUAUAUUUCGGCGACAAUUCCUGCCUUGGUACCGAGGUUGGACGUCACCUCAUAUUCGAUUACGACAUUAACCGCUGCCUGACAACCGACUCGUCAAGCGAAAAAGAAAUACUCUACAAGAACCAACUUGUUUACGCUUACCAUGACCCAAAAUUUACAUUCAUCAUUCGAAACAUCAAUUGGACGCUUGAUGUCAACUGUCACAUUCAGAGAAACCAAUCCAUUGACAGUCACGUGACCUACAACCAAACCACGGGUGGUAAUCAAGGCUCUCUCAACUCAACGCUUGCAUACGAAAUAGAGACACAGUUUUUCAUUGACCCAAAUUUCCAACAGCAAAUAUCCGGUAACCCGCUGGACGUCGGGGUCGGUUCGAACGUGUUCGUGAAAACAUUCGUGCAGAACGUGGAGUGGACUGUGAAAAUGAGGCUUCAUUCCUGCUACACGGACCCAGCCAUUGGAGGAGCCGGGGGAAGAUAUUACCUAAUCAAGAAUGGGUGUGAAAUGGACGCCAACACACAUUUCCUGUCCCAGACUGACCACGAGACGACGUUCGUUUUCCAAGCUUUCCAAAUGACCGGAACUGACCACCGGCUCUUUGUCAAGUGCGACGCCACAUUAUGUGAUACCACCGAUACCACUUCCUCUCAGCAGUGCGAUCAAAAUCCGCACUGCUCAUAGUGAUAAGAACUCGUCUACAUUUUGCCUUCGGAAGAUGUCCAAUAUGCGUUCUUAAAUAAUUGAAUACACUUUGCUUCUAUAUGUUCAUCAACGUCUGGCCUUAAGUCUUCUAAGUGCCCAUCUUACAUAUCAACGUUUGAUCUUGGUUUGAAAAUUAUCAAUCUUAGCCCUCAAUGUUUGGCUUUGAUUCUGAUAUGUGAUCAGCAAAUCAAUAACGGUUGACCUUAAUUCCGAUAAGUGUACAUAUUACCCAUUUUAGUUUUUCCUUGAUUCUGAUAUGUGUACAUGUACAUCUUAUCCAUCAACGCUAGGUAUUGAUUCUGAUAUGUGUAUACCUUAUCCAUCAACGUUUGUCCAUGAUUCUGAUUAGAGCCCAUCUUAUCCGUCCAUGUUUGGCAUUGAUUUGAAAAGUGUCCAUCUUAUUCAUCAACGUUUGGCCUUGUUGUGAGAGGUGUCAAUCGUAUCCAUCAGCUUUUUUUACAUACACGUUUGGAAAUGGAAAAUAAUCAUUUUGUUUAAUAUAUUUUACUGCGUUUUCUUAGGCAUACUGGGUUUGCGUUUUAUUUUUUUAGGUAUUCUAAUUUGAGUUUUCGAUCAUUGUUCCUACAUUCGAUUAUAAUUGCGAAAUCAGCACCUGUAUACAGGUUUAUAAUAUACUUAACAACAAUAUAUGGAAGACGUGUGUAAUUAAACAUUCUCAAAGUGGGAAAUAUCAUUUGUGAAGUUUGGUCGACCACGUACGACAACCCCACAUGUAGUUUUUGAGAGGUAAAUAUAAACAAAAACUUGUUUUCCCAAGGAAACAAGACGUUAGUGACGUAUUAAAGUUAUCGCGCAAUAUUUUUGUUAACAGUUUUGUGGGUAACGUCUCAAAACGAGAACAUUGUUUAUUUUGUUGUUUACAAAAUUGUUGUGUAUUAUACCAGUAUACAAACGUUUAGUACAUUUUAUGACGUGUUAAAUAACAAUAGCUAUUACAAAAACUGUAAGGGAAGUUGCAUAAACUGUAAACAGAAUUAACAAGUUAUAACUCUU